AUGACCGUUUUGGCUUGCAAAGUCCCAAGACUGUCGAAGUUUACCGCCAGAGCAUUGCCCUUGAAGAUUCGUGUCAACUUCCGGAAAAUUCUCGACUUCGAGAGCUUCUUUAUACCCUUUCUGGAGGAAUGGCAGUACCCAGAUAAAGAAGCUUCGGCUCCAAAACCCGACCUUUCCUUCAUCGGUACUGCUAUAGUGGCGAGAGUUCAGAAUAUUAAUUUUUGGAACAGACUCAAGGGCUACGACCGCCACCGUCAAAAGGAAGCUGGCUAG